AUGUUUCACCAUCGGUCGGAUAUAAUGCAGAGGUACAAGCAUGAGUUUGCCGAUCGUAUGUCGAUAACACCGGCGUUUGUCACGCACAAUGUACCGAACAUUCUGGGAGGAUUACUGCGAAGUUCUCGCGUGGAGAAUGACGACUUUUUAAAAUCUAUCUAUCUAUCUAUCUAUCUAUCUAUCUAUCUAUCUAUCUCCCCUGCUUUCUAUAUCUAUCUAUCUAUCUAUCUAUCUAUCUAUCUAUCUAUCUAUCUAUCUAUCUCCCCUGCUUUCUAUAUCUAUCUAUCUAUCUAUCUAUCUAUCUAUCUAUCUAUCUAUCUAUCUAUCUAUCUAUCUAUCUCCCCUGCUUUCUAUAUCUAUCUAUCUAUCUAUCUAUCUAUCUAUCUAUCUAUCUAUCUAUCUAUCUAUCUAUCUAUCUCCCCUGCUUUCUAUAUCUAUCUAUCUCCCCUGCUUUCUAUAUCUAUCUAUCUAUCUAUCUAUCUAUCUAUCUAUCUAUCUAUCUAUCUAUCUAUCUCCAAACAAAAAUAUGAAGCUAAUAUCAACCAACUACUUCCAAAAUCUGACCAAAAGGCCGAAAAUAAAAAAUUCUUAGAAUUUUUUCUUGUUUGA